GAUCUGUAGAGCAGAUAAAAUAUGGGGCCCCUGGCCCUUGAAGUUCAGUGUGUGUGUGUCUCUCUCUCUCUCCUGAGCUUGGAGAAAGGCAUCCGUAGCGCCUCCCUGGGGGACACGUAGAGGAGAGAAAAGCGACCAGGAUAAGAGUGGACAGAGGAAUAAGCAAGGCUUGUUCUCCAUGAAACAGCCCCCUGCUCCGGAAGAGCGCUACCGCACAGCCGGGUCCCCAAAGCCGGUUUUGCGAGCUGAUGACAAUAACAUGGGCGAUGGCUGCUCUCAGAAGCUGGCGACUUCUAACCUCCUCCGGUUCCUAUUGCUGAUCCUGAUUCCAUGUAUCUGUGCUGUCAUUCUCUUGCUGGUGAUCCUGCUUUCGUAUGUUGGAACAUUACAAAAAGCCUAUUUUAAAUCAAAUGGGAGUGAACCUUUGGUCACUGAUGGUGAAGUACAAGGGUCCGAUAUCAUUCUUAUCAAUACAGCUUAUAACCAGAGCAAUUUGGUGUCUACUGCACAUCCCAACCAGCACAUUCCAGCCUGGACUACGGAUGCUUCUCUCCCAGGGGACCAAAGUCACAGGAAUACAAGUGCCUGCAUGAACAUCACCCAUAGCCAGUGUCAAAUGCUGCCCUACCACGCCACUCUGACACCUCUCCUCUCAGUUGUCAGAAACAUGGAAGUGGAGAAGUUCCUCAAGUUUUUCACAUAUCUCCAUCGCCUCAGUUGCUAUCAACAUAUCAUGCUGUUUGGCUGUAGCCUCGCCUUCCCCGAGUGCAUCACUGAUGGCGAUGACAGUCAUGGACUCCUGCCCUGUAGGUCCUUCUGUGAGGCCGCAAAAGAAGGCUGUGAAUCGGUCCUGGGGAUGGUGAAUUACUCCUGGCCAGAUUUCCUCAAAUGCUCCCAGUUUAGAAACGAAACCGAAAGCAGCAACGUCAGCAGAAUUUGCUUCUCGUUGCAGCAGGAAAAUGGAAAGCAAUUGCUCUGUGGAGGGGGUGAGAGCUUUCUGUGUGCCACUGGAAUCUGCAUCCCCAGGAAACUGCAGUGUAAUGGCUACAACGACUGUGACGACUGGAGUGACGAGGCUCAUUGCAACUGCAGUGAGAAUCUGUUUCACUGUCACACAGGCAAGUGCCUUAAUUACAGCCUUGUAUGUGAUGGAUAUGAUGACUGUGGGGAUUUGAGUGAUGAGCAAAACUGUGAUUGCAGUCCCGCAACAGAGCAUCGCUGCGGGGAUGGGCGCUGCAUCACCAUGGAAUGGGUGUGUGAUGGUGACCACGACUGUGUGGAUAAGUCCGACGAGGUCAACUGCUCCUGUCAUAGCCAGGGUCUGGUGGAAUGCAGAAAUGGACAGUGCAUCCCCAGCACGUUUCAAUGUGAUGGCGACGAGGACUGCAAGGAUGGGAGUGAUGAGGAGAACUGCAGCGGCAGUCAGACUUCAUGUCAAGAAGGAGACCAAAGAUGCCUCUACAAUCCCUGCUUUGAUUCAUGUGGUGGUAGCUCUCUCUGUGACCCGAACAGCAGUCUGAAUAACUGUAGUCAAUGUGAACCAAUUACCUUGGAACUCUGCAUGAAUUUGCCCUACAACCACACAAGUUAUCCAAAUUACCUUGGCCACGGGACUCAAAAGGAAGCAUCCAUCAGCUGGGAGUCUUCUCUUUUCCCUGCACUUGUUCAAACCAACUGUUAUAAAUACCUCAUGUUCUUUGCUUGCACCAUUUUGGUACCAAAGUGUGAUGUGAAUACAGGCGAGCGUAUCCCACCUUGCAGAGCAUUGUGUGAGCAUUCCAAAGGACGCUGUGAGUCUGUUCUUGGGAUUGUGGGCCUACAGUGGCCUGAAGACACAGACUGCAGUCAAUUUCCAGAGGAAAAUUCAGACAAUCAAACCUGCCUGAUGCCUGAUGAAUAUGUGGAAGAAUGCUCACCUAGUCAUUUCAAGUGCCACUCAGGACGGUGUGUUCUGGCUUCCAGAAGAUGUGACGGCCAGGCCGACUGUGAUGAUGACAGUGAUGAGGAAAACUGUGGUUGUAAAGAGAGAGAUCUUUGGGAAUGUCCAUCCAAUAAACAAUGUUUGAAGCAUACAGUGAUCUGCGAUGGGUUCCCAGACUGCCCUGAUAACACGGAUGAAAAAAACUGCUCAUUUUGCCAGGAUGAUGAGCUAGAAUGUGCUAACCAUGCGUGUGUGUCACGUGACCUGUGGUGUGACGGCGAAGCCGACUGUUCAGACAGUUCAGAUGAAUGGGACUGUGUGACCCUCUCUAAAAAUGUGAACUCCUCUUCCUUUCUGAUGGUUCACAGAGCUGCCACAGAACACCACGUGUGUGCAGAUGGCUGGCAGGAGGCAUUGAGUCAGCUGGCCUGCAAGCAGAUGGGUUUAGGAGAACCAUCUGUGACCGAAUUGAUACAGGAACAGGAGAAAGACCAGCAGUGGCUGACAUUACACUCCAACUGGGAGACUCUCAAUGGGACCACUUUACAUGAACUUCUAGUAAAUGGGCAGCCCUGUCAGAGCAGAAGUAAAAUUUCUCUUCUGUGUACUAAACAAGACUGUGGGCGCCGGCCGGUUGCCCGAAUGAACAAGAGGAUCCUUGGGGGUCGGACGAGUCGCCCUGGAAGGUGGCCAUGGCAGUGUUCUCUGCAGAGUGAACCCAGUGGACAUAUCUGUGGCUGUGUCCUCAUUGCCAAGAAGUGGGUUCUGACAGUCGCCCACUGCUUCGAGGGGAGAGAGAAUGCUGCAGUUUGGAAAGUGGUGCUUGGCAUCAACAAUUUGGACCAUCCAUCAGUGUUCAUGCAGACACGCUUUGUGAAGACCAUCAUCCUGCAUCCUCGCUACAGUCGAGCAGUGGUGGACUAUGACAUCAGCAUCGUUGAGCUAAGUGAAGACAUCAAUGAGACUGGCUAUGUUCGGCCUGUCUGCUUGCCCAGCCCAGAGCAGUGGCUAGAGCCUGACACGUAUUGCUAUAUCACAGGCUGGGGCCACAUGGGCAAUAAAAUGCCUUUUAAGCUGCAAGAGGGAGAGGUCCGCAUUAUUUCUCUGGAACAGUGUCAGUCCUACUUUGACAUGAAGGCGAUCACCACUCGGAUGAUAUGUGCUGGCUAUGAGUCUGGCACAGUUGAUUCAUGCAUGGGCGACAGUGGUGGGCCUCUUGUUUGUGAGCACCCUGGAGGACAGUGGACAUUAUUUGGAUUAACUUCAUGGGGCUCUGUCUGCUUUUCCAAAGUCCUCGGGCCUGGCGUUUAUAGUAAUGUAUCAUAUUUCAUCGAAUGGAUCAAAAGACAGAUAUACAUCCAGACCUUUCUCCUAAAGUAAUUAUAAGGAUCAUCAGAGACUUUUGCCAGCUACACGAACAGAAAAUGGUCUUCUUGACCGUGAAGAGCUUUCUGCAGAGAGCUGUACGGAAGCACUUUUCAUGGAUAGAAUUGCUCAACCAUGUACUGCAAAUCUGCAUGUUUGUUUUGGACUAAUUUUCCUCAACUUAUUUUUUACCUUCAUUUUUCUCUUAUUUCAAGUUCAAUGAAAGGCUUUACAAAAAAUAACACAAAGCAGACUUUGUUCUUUUGCCAGGCCUAACCAUGACUGUAGCACAAAAUUAUCAACUCUGGAGAGAUUUAAAAUCAUGCAGGUGCUACAAUAACAGGUUAUGGAAUGUUCUCUUUUAUACGAUCACAAAAAAGAUAUAGAGAUUUAGGCUGAUUCAUUAUCUCUGCCAGUUUUUGUUUCUCAACUCAGUAGCAUAGUGGUAAAUUUCACUGUUAACAUUGGAGACUUGCUUUUGAUUUAUUAAAAGCCGAGAUAAUUUACACAUUUAAAGUAUUUACUAUUACUCUUCUAACGUUUGCGUAAUUCUGAGAACUGAUAAAAGACAGCAAUAAAAGACCAAUGUCAUCCAUAUAGGUAGCAAGACAUAUUGAAUGCAAAAUUCUUUAGAGAUCAGUAUUAACACUUGCAUUAUAGAACCCCCAUUCUGGAUGUAUAUCAAGCUUAUAAUUUUAUAGAAGAGUUUUUAUAGAACUUUUCCCAUAGCUGGGUUUUUCAGCGUAUAUCAGUUGGCUGAUUGAGACUGCAACAACUAGGUUGAUAUUUAUGGGCAAUACUUUGUUUUACUUAUGUGGCAAAGAACUGGAUAGAAGCUUUGCAAAGGAGAAUUUAGAUGAGAGAUACAAUUUUUAAAAAAGAAAAUUAAAUUGCAUCUCUCGUUCAAUUAAAUAUUUUUCAGUUUUCUCGCAUUCAUGUGUGCCAACAAGGUCAUAAAAACUAUAUUUUAAAGCAUUGUAAAACUUUGCAUGGAGUAAAACAUUUGGUAACUUUCCUCAAAAGAUGUUUAAUAUCUGGUUUCUUCUCAAUGGUAAUGAAAAUUAUAGAGAUGAUUUUAAGCACUAGGACACUUUAUGCAAAUCAAUUUCUGAAGCAAUUAGUGGUUAAAAGUAUUUUUCCCACUAAAAAUCUUUAAAACACAAAUCUUCACAUAUACCUGAUUUAAUUAGGCAUCCAUUUUGCCUUUUAAACAACUAGGAUUCCCUACUAACCUCCACCAGCAACCUAGACUGCCUCAGCAUUCCAGAUAGAUACUACCAGCAAUUUUAUACAUGUAUUUUUUAACUUUUCUAUGUGUAAACAUAUAUGAAAUUCAAAAAAUUGUCUUAAUAAUUUCCAUAUUAUUCAUCUCCUGUCUUGCAGUUUGUAUAAACCUAAGGAGAGCGUGAAAUCUAGCAACUGAAUUGUGGUCACAAUUGUAUGCAAGUUCAAGAACAUAUGUCAGUUUUGCUAUAGUGGUAGGUACAUUCUUAAUGUAUCAACUUUUAGCCUUGCUCAACUUAGAUUCAGUGAAAUAUACAUAUUAUACUUAUUUAAAAUAAUUCUUAAUACAAAUAAAAUGGUC